GGUCUCUGAGGCCGGGUCCAGUCCCCCCUUAUCGAUCUCCUUCUCCAAUUAUUAAUAAAAAUGGAAUGACAAUGAAAAAAGAAAGGAUUAAAAUAAUCUCACAAAAAACGUAUGAACCAGUCGUGGUGGACGUCUCACCGAGGUACAUGUUCCACAUGUACUACCUAAUUGAUGGAUUGCCUCGUAACACCAUACUAGAAACGCCCAGUGAAAUCCGUAGAUAUGAUAUUUCAUUUUAUUGUACUUGGUCGUCUUCAAGUAGUCGAACAGGUACUGAAAGGGGUAACUCUCCAAUGGGAAUUUCUCCCACAUCUGGUGUUCCUCAAGCAAAGUCCACCAGCAUGUAUCAAUAUACCGAGACUUCCU